GUUUCUCAAUUUAAACCUAAGAGUCGGCCAAACGCCUCAGAAACUCUCCAUUUGAUUUUUCGGACCAACACAUCCUCAAACCCUCAGACUUGGAGCAUACAAAACCCAGAGAAGACCAUCAAUGGAGGAACCUGUGCGAGCCCAGACCACACCGACCCAACUCCCAAACCCUCCAACCACAGCCCAGUGUCCCCCUCCACAACCUCCUGCUCCCACUCCUCCUCGUCCUCCUAAGAGCAAGAAGAGACCGCUUGACACUAGUGUUCAUAUCCAUAAUCCCAGGUACUUCAAGAUGCGUGCUGUUCUUAAAGAGCUUCGUCCUCAUUUUAUCGAGACUAAAAACUUCAUGAUCAAAGGAUUUAAGGUUCUCCGGACCCGUGACUUUCGGAAUUGCGAGGCAGCUCGUGAAAUACGAGAACAGAUGAAGCUUCUCAUGGAACUGUGCAAAGAGAUCAGAGCAGAAACAGUUUCCAUAGUUAAGAGUAAGAAUGUAACAGAAAGCCAGCCUUUGUCAGGUGAAAACCGGGAGGGUCAAAAGCCACAAGAGCAACUCCAGGAUCUUAAGCCAAGGACGGAGCAGCCUCAAACAGAGACUAUAAUUUCAAAAUCAUCUGGGAGUAAAUCACUCUUGGGGGUUGCCUCUGAGAAGCAUACGGGUGAAGACGGUCAAAUUCCUGGGACGUAUGUUGUUGGAGGAUCAGCUUUCGGCUGGAAUUUCAUCACUUAUUUAGACAGCGAAUCAGUCUAUUAUGGAGUAACAAAAGAAGCAUUUCGAACAAGUAAUUCAGCAGAGUAAUUCCUUUGUAUUCCUUUUGCCAUUCUCGUUCUGUCUCUCUCUUUUGCACUAAUACGCUCAACAUUGACAGCUAUAAAUUCCUGGAACCUAUCCCAUAUCAUUAGUGUAAAGGGUUUUUCAUGAUUUUAUCACUUGCAAUGAGUAUAAUAUUAUUGUUACAAUGAGUUUACAAUGCAUUCCAGUUGAGAUCAA